AUGCCUCGUGGUCACAAGAGUAAGCUCCGUGCUCGUGAGAGACGUCACCAAAACAGAGCUGAGGCUGCUACAGGAGAGGAAGAAGAGGCCACUUGCUCCUCCUCCUCUGUUCUGGGGGAUGCUCCUUCAAGCUUCACUGGUGCUGGCCCUCCCCAGGCAUCUCUGAGUGCCCCAGCCACCAGCAGUACCGCUGCAGGUGUGUCAUGUGAAAGAUCUGCUGGAAAAGCCAAAGGCCAUGAUCUUAAAAGUAAAUGUUCGUCCCAGGCCUCAGCUUCCACUGGGAGCUCUGGUCAAGUUGUUCUAAUUGAGAAGGCAAGUAAGUUGGUAGAGUACCUGCUGUAUCAGUAUAUAAUGAAGGAGCCUAUUACAAAGGCAGACAUGCUGAAGUUAGUCCAAAAAUCAUGCAGGAAGAGCUUCCCUGAGAUCCUCAGGAAGGCCUCUGAGCAGAUAAAUCUGCUCUAUGGCCUACAGUUAAAAGAAGUCGAGGCCAAGGGAAACUCCUACACCCUUGUCGACAAUGAAGGUGACACCAGUGAUGGGGGUCUGAGCAGAGGCUGGAGAUUUCCUAUAAGAGGGAUUCUGAUGCCUCUCCUAGGUGUCAUCUUCUUGAAUGGCAACUGCGCCUCUGAGAAUUUGAUCUGGGAAUCCCUGAAAAUUAUGGGCAUUGUUGAUGGAAAGAGUCACUUCAUUUUUGGGGAGCCAAGGAAGCUUAUCACCCAAGAUUUGGUGCAGGAAGAAUACCUGGUGUACCGGCAGGUGCCCAACAGUGAUCCUCCACGCUAUGAGUUCCUUUGGGGUCCAAGAGCUCAUGCUGAGACCAGCAAGAUGAAAAUCCUGGAAUUUUUGACCAAGCUCAAUGAUAACGACCCCACUGCCUUCCCUACCCAUUAUGAAGAGGCUUUGAAAGAUGAGGAGGAGCGAGCUCAAACCAGAGCCCAAGCUGAAACCAGGGCUGGAUGUCUUUCCAAAGCCAGUGGUUGCCCCACAGCCAAAUCCAGCCGGUACCCAUACCCUGAGUGA